AUGUCCCUGUACCCAACCCUGGCACAGAAAGAUGGGCAUCAUCCUGUCCUGGUCACAGGUCAUGGGGAUGACUCAGAUGGCUUCAACCUAGAAGAUGCCCUGCUUGACAUCAGCACCAAGCGACGCUUUGAUUUGGCUGAUUACUUUGACACCCCUCUGGAGACUACGACCAAACCAGCCAAGCCGACUCCGAAGCCCUUCCCCAAGCCAGGGAAGCCAGACAACAACUUUUGGGAUGUCAUCCGCACCACCACAACCAAGCAGCCAAAAACUACGAGGGCUCCCCGCAAGCCUCUCCCAGCAGAGGAUCCUAUGGGUUUUGACUUGGCUGAUGCCCUUGAUGAUAAGAACGAUAGGAAGGAUCCUGGGAGGCCGGGCAUAAGGCAAGGUGAAGAUUUUUCAGACGAUGACCUGGCCAGCAUUGUGGACGGUGGCUACAGCCCGGACAAGAAGAAAGGUGAUGGGGGCAACACCGACAACAACUAUGGUGGAGGCACAGUGGCGGAGACAGGGACGAUCGCCGGCAUCGCGAGCGGCCUGGCCAUGGCACUCAUCGGGGCCGUCACCAGCUACAUCUCCUACCAGCAGAAGAAGUUCUGCUUCAGCAUCCAGCAGGGACUUAAUGCGGAAUAUGUGAAAGGAGAAAACAUGGAAGCUGUCGUAAGCGAGGAACCCCAAGUUAAAUAUUCAGUACUGCAAACACAGUCCGCAGAACCACCAAAACAAGACGGUGCGAAGAUUUAA